UUCAUCUUUUCUAUCUUUGAGAUUUCAAUCAUCAUUUUCGUUAUUUUUUCCCUCAAAAAAACGAUGUUUCCGCUGCAACUCUUCAAUUACAGAGCAAGCUAUCGAUUUUCGCAGCAGAGAUUCAAACUUCAUCAAUGGAGUUCCGAUUAAAAAGACGACGCGGAAUAAGAAGCAGCCGUUAAAGGUUUUAGCAAUUUCGAGUGACGACUCGGCGUUGAAGAUGAACUUGAAUGAGUAUAUGGUUACUUUACAGAAACCUCUCGGUAUUCGCUUCGGUUUAUCGCUCGAUGGAAGAAUAUUUGUCCAUGCUCUCAAACGCGGGAGUAAUGCAGAGAAAUCGAGAAUAAUAAUGGUAGGAGAUACGUUGAAGAAGGCGAGCGAUUCGUCUGGUGGAAGAUUCACUGAGAUCAAGAACUUCGGCGAUGCUCAGGAGUUGUUGAUAGAGGAGACAGGAUCUUUUAGCCUUGUACUUGAGCGACCCUUUUCACCUUUUCCGAUUCAUGAACUGCAUCACUUGAGUGAUCUCGACUUUUUGUUUAAUAAAGGCCGUAUGCCAGUUGCCACUUGGAACAAAGCUUUAUUGGCAUCUAAUUUACAAACCUCUACUGAGGUUGGGGGAAAUUCUGGUUUUGUAGUAUUUACCUCAAAGUUUCUAGCAUCACAGGGUUUGAAGCUUUUGAAUGAUCAAAAUGGACGUGUUGGUUCAGGAUUGCAGAAGAACAUUCUUUCUUCAACUGUUAGCCAACUUGUUUGUAUUUUUUCUGAGAAAGAGCCUGGAGAUGGAGAAUGGGCUCAUGGAAGCUUCCCAUCGGAGGAAUAUAUUAAGGCACUUGAACGUUCCAAAGGCGAGCUUUACUAUAACCACUCGCUUGGCAUGCAUUACAGCAAGAUUACAGAGCAGAUUUAUGUGGGGUCAUGUAUACAGACAGAUGCUGAUGUCAAAACUCUGUCUGAUGCGGGAUGGAGAUUCCUUUGAUCUGAGGAAGAGAUUACCGUUCUCCGUUGGGCUUUUAUUACGCUUGUUGAAAAAGAACCACCGCGUCUUCAUUACUUGUACUACUGGUUUUGAUCGGUCCCCGGCUUGUGUGAUUGCAUAUCUGCACUGGAUGACUGAUACU